CAAUGUUUGAUAGUAAUUAUUAUUUAAUUUGUCUGCAUCGAGUUGAAGUUCUUUAAAAUUGUUUCCGCAGGUUUUAUCGGUUAGUAUUCAGUAGUUGAUGGUUCCAUCAACAAAUAGUGCGACAUGAAGAUUCUCCUAUAGAAGAAAAGAAAAAAUACUCAAAAAAUCGGUUUAGGAAAAGUUCCUAUCUACAAAACUUAAAUACCCACUAUAGUGUUAGUUAGAAAAGUUUAUAAUGUUGAUUGGAGAUUUUUGUUUGAAAAUAUAUUUGUGGCCAUAUUUGUCCUAUUUAGCGAACCUUAAGGGUCUUUGUUCAUCGUACUAUGCUAAUAAUCCGGCAUUAUUUCCAAUAAUAACUCUGCCUCCAGGCGUAACUCUUGCACCGACAGUACCAACUUUUCAACCAACUCCAGCAACUCAGCCAACUGUUCCAACAGUUCGACCAACUCUUCCUACAACUUUGACACCAACCACGAUUCCAACAACAAUACCAACAACCGCUACAACAUUGCCAGCAAAUUGUCCAGCUUUUCCAGUAGUUUGUCUCCCAGGAGGAAUUCGGCCUAAUCCUAAUUGUCCCUGCAUAGAUCCAAGAUUUAAUAAUGCUGUUAAACGGCAAGCUGGACCAGUCGGAUCGGAAAUGAUGGUGUUCUCAUCUUUAAAUAACCGUCGCAAACGGAAAAGAAGAAGUGUUUUUAAAAAUUAA